AUUCCGUCGUCGCCUAGCAAACCCGCUCCCCGUGCCGGUCCCAAAACCCUACCCGCCCAAUCCGUCCGAUUCCCAAGCUCCCGGCCUCGCGUCGGGAGCCUCGGAGCAGGGGAUAGGCGGAGGAUCGGAUCGGCCGCCGGAGGAGCAUUGGGCGAUGGCCGCCGUGUAGGAUGCAGCUGGACUCCGCCGGGCCGCCGUUUAGCUGCUGCUGCUGCUGCUGGAGUUCCGAUGCUUCGGCCGCCGCGAUCCUAAGAGCGGGGGGUGGAGCAUCCGCGUGGAGUGGGUUGGGCUGCUGGUUGAUCUCCGUGAGCACCGGCGCCUGCGCGCUGGGAGGUGAGGAGGUGGUUGUGCGAGGUUUAUGGAGAAGCCCCUGAGGGAGGGGGCCUCCCCGGGGCCGUCGUGGGCGCCGAGCGAGUUCACGGCUUUCCGGGGGUAUGCUGCGGCGGUGGGGGAGCGGGCGGGGGCGUCGCCGUCCGCCCCGGGCAAUGGGGUUCCCGCCCGCUCAAGCAACCUCCGCGCCGUCAGGAAGAGGCCUUUUGUUGCAAGAUUAACCACAGACAUCAUCCAAAUUUUUGAAAAAUGCAAUCCUGAGUUUAAAUACUCGGAGUCACUAAACCCCAAGCGGUUUCUCACCAACCCUGCUGUUCCUGUUCACAACGAUGGUCUUGACAAUGCAAAUUCUGACCUCAUCUUGUAUGUCAACCUAGAACUGGUUAAUAGAAAGUCAGACAGGAGGUAUGUUGUCCAAGAAAUGCUUGGGCAAGGUACCUUUGGACAGGUUGCAAAAUGCUGGGAUGCUGAAACCAACAAUUAUGUUGCAGUGAAGGUUAUAAAGAACCAACCUGCCUUUUACCAGCAGGCUAUCAUGGAGGUCUCUCUAUUGAGCCUGUUAAACGAGAAAUUUGAUCCUGAUGAUCAACACCACAUUGUCCGAAUGCUGGAUUUUUUCCUCUACCAAAAUCAUUUGUGUAUAGCCUUUGAGAUGCUUGGUCACAACCUGUAUGAGCUAUUGAAAAGGAAUAGCUUAAGAGGUUUGCAAAUGAAAUAUGUACGAACUUUCUCAAGACAGAUAUUGGAUGCAUUGAUAGUCAUGAAAGAUGCUGGCAUUAUUCAUUGUGAUCUAAAACCAGAAAACAUCCUUAUAGCUCCGAGUGUUAAAACAGCAGCUGGAGUGAAAGUAAUUGAUUUUGGAUCAGCGUGCAUGGAGGGUAAAACCAUCUAUUCAUAUAUUCAGAGCCGUUAUUACAGGUCUCCGGAAGUACUUCUUGGUUAUCCAUAUACUACUGCCAUUGAUAUGUGGUCAUUCGGCUGUAUUGUUGCUGAGCUGUUUAUUGGGUUGCCUUUAUUUCCCGGAGCAUCAGAAUAUGAUGUCCUUUGCCGUAUGAUUGAGAUUCUCGGUGCGCAACCACCAGAUGAUCUGCUUCGUGAGGCUAAAAACACCGGGCGAUUUUUUAAGCAUGUUGCAAGUAUCUAUCCUGGUAGUGAGGCUCGGAAUGGCACUGGCAGUGCAUACAGAAUUUUAAGUGAAGACGAGAUCGAAGCAAGGGAGUCCAAGAGGCCAAAGGUAGGGAGAUGGUAUUUCCCUCGUGGAAGGCUCGACAGACUCAUAUUUACAUACCCGUGGAAGAAUUCGAGUGAGGGAACCUUGCUAGAGACAGAAAAGGCUGACUGCCUGGCAUUGGUUGAUUUCUUGAGAGGUCUUGUUGAGUUUGAUCCGAAUAAGCGGUGGUCACCGCUGCAGGCCUCAUAUCAUCCAUUCAUCACUGGUGAAGCCUUCACUGGUCCUUAUGAGCCUGUCCAGGAAACCCCACGGAUUCCUGUAGGUCGUGCUGCAGUAGUUGACCACAACCCAGGAGGAGGUCACUUGCUAGGUGCUGGUCUUUCUCCUCAGGUUGGAAGCAUUAACAGAUGCCUACGAUUUAAUAAUGCUUUGCAACCAAAGAUGCCUUCAUAUGGAAGCAGUUUUGGCAGUUAUGGUAGCCAUGGUAGCUUUAAUGAUAAUGCUGGUCUUGCAAACAGCUACGGAAGCUAUGAUUUUAACAGUCUCAACAUUUAUAACUCACCAAUGGAUCCUCCUGGGUUUAAUUUACGUUCCCAAGCUGGAGGAUCAUUUCUAGGAUCUAGUCCGGAUAUUCGACGAAGACCUCAUCUCUCAUAUGGUGGAGGCAUUCGGUUAAGUCCUGGAGGUCCGGGGCCUAUGUCUCUUGGGGCCAGUCCAUCACAAUUUACACCACCAAACUCCCAGAUGCAAAUCCCAGGUGCUAAUGGAAAGUAUGGUGCCUCUCCUUCAAGAGGUGCUCACGGCUCCUCGUUGGGGAAGGCUGCUGCUGUAGGCCAGUACAAUAGGAGGAGGAAUCAGGGUUAUCCACCUAUGCCAAUGCCACCACAUGGGCACACAUCUCAACCGAUCCAGGGACACCAUGGAGAUGGUGUCAGUGCUGCUCGCUUUGAUGGAUAUAGUCAAGGAAGUUCUGGCUACCCACACAACACACUCCCUAGUUCUGGUCAUUAUAGCUGGAGACCUCAAAGAGGUGUUGGCAGUGGUUUACCUUCGGACCCUUCUUCUAGUCAUGGUUCUUUUCCACCCACCAAUCACCAUGGUUUUCCUCCCCUACACUCCUCCGACGUGUCAGCAGAUACAUUGCCCUCCACUUCAUCGAUACCUGAUCCAGCCGACUGGGAUCCCAACUAUAGUGACGAGUCACUCCUGCAAGAGGAUCGUUCAUUGCCGGUUGAGUUGAGUGGUCUUCACCUGAGAGAUUCAAGUGGUCAAACAAACAGAUCUAGCAGAUUGGCACCUAUUCCAAGUCAUGAUAUUUCAAGUUCAAACCCUUCGGCAUUGAAUCGGAGAACUGGACACCUGUUUCAUUCAUCAUCUCUUGGAGAGAGUGCACAUCCUCCAGGUCAUGUCACCUUGGAUGGUUACAACCAUGCAAAUUAUUCUCAGCCGAGUUUGCCAAGCUUUCAUGGACAACCAUUUCAGCAGUACAACAAUAUGACUUCCAGUUACAUACGUCCGAUGAGGACUCAACACAAUGGCCGGCCUGUCUGGACUAAUUAUAGUCUGGCAGAACCUCCACCCACUACUGUGGGAGAUGGAAUGCCCUGGGGAGGGAGAGCUGGUCACUCGUUUGCAGCAAGUGGACUGCCACCUUCCGUUGCAAGAAAGGAUUUUGGGAGGAUAUUUUAGUCGUGGAUAUGGAGUAAUGAAGAAUGCCACCAAAUCGAUGGCAUCGGCUGUUUGCAUUUGCAAUUCCGGGUUGGGUUGUUUGUGGGCGUGGUUGCUUAAUGCAAUGUGUUGGGUGCCUCCGAUGUUUGUCUCCCUGGGAUGCUCCGAUUCACAAGAUAUAGUAUGGUUAGGAUUAUAGCUUUCGUUUUCUGUGAGUUUACCCGCACGAAUUCCGGUUCAGAAAGUCAGUUGUGCUCAAUGGUACAAAUCUUGUGAGUUCUGCAGGCCCCAUAGUUUUCCUGACCU